CUUUUUUAUAUCGAUCUUUCUUUUCUUUCUUUUUUAGUGGAAGCAUCGCACGCGGUGUAAUUUUCAUUAAAAGUGAAAAAUGGGUUUCGUUAAGGUAGUCAAGAACAAGCAGUACUUCAAGCGCUACCAGGUCAAGUUUCGCAGGCGCCGUGAAGGCAAGACCGAUUACUAUGCCAGGAAGCGCUUGACUUUCCAGGACAAGAACAAGUACAACACUCCGAAGUAUCGUUUGAUUGUGCGCCUGUCCAACAAGGAUAUAACUGUGCAGAUCGCAUAUGCUCGCAUUGAGGGUGACCGCGUUGUGUGUGCCGCUUAUUCCCAUGAGCUCCCCAAGUUUGGCAUCCAAGUUGGUUUGACCAACUAUGCUGCAGCCUACUGCACUGGCCUUCUGGUCGCUCGUCGGGUCCUCAAUAAGCUGGGCCUCGACUCUCUGUAUGCCGGGUGCACUGAAGUGACUGGAGAGGAGUUCAAUGUGGAGCCAGUUGACGACGGACCGGGCGCCUUCCGUUGCUUUUUGGACGUUGGACUGGCUCGCACCACAACUGGUGCUCGCGUGUUCGGUGCCAUGAAAGGAGCUGUUGAUGGAGGAUUGAAUAUACCUCACUCCGUAAAACGCUUCCCCGGCUACUCGGCUGAGACAAAGAGCUUUAAUGCCGAUGUGCAUCGAGCUCAUAUCUUUGGUCAGCAUGUUGCCGACUACAUGCGAACUCUGGAGGAGGAAGACGAGGAAAGCUUCAAGCGCCAGUUCAGCCGUUACAUCAAGCUUGGCAUCCGUGCGGAUGAUCUUGAAGAUAUCUAUAAAAAAGCCCACCAGGCCAUUCGUAGCGACCCUACCCAUAAGGUCAAUGCCAAGAAGGCAACUGGCAUUACGAAGAAACGGUGGAAUGCUAAGAAACUCACCAACGAGCAGCGUAAGACCAAGGUUGCCGCCCACAAGGCAGCUUAUGUGGCCAAGCUUCAGUCUGAAACUGAGGCCUAAGGCAGUUCGUUGUCAUCUGUUGCAGUGAAGAAAGAAAUAAAUAGUAAUGACGAUUGCC